UAGGGGGUCUCCUCCCUGUCUCUGAUUGGCUGCCGGAAUGACACGUUCGCUCUGAUUGGUCACCGUGUGCCGGCUCAUUCAUUAGGCGGCGGAGUGUGCGGCGUGAGCCCUGUCAUGCCGGGUCCGACACGGUGAUUCCUUAUCAGCGCCACACUCACUCACACAGCAUGGUAUCCACCAACAGCCCUCACCACAACGGCCACAUCCCGGGCCAGCAGGACAUGUCAGCGUCCGAGACCAGCAGCAACGGGGACAUCCAUCACCUGGCCGGGCUGGCCCCCAAGGACACACAGCCUGAGCUGGAUGGGGCCCCCAGGAGCCCAGACCAUGAGCUGCCCACUUACACCACCAAUGUGGCCCCCAGGAGCCCAGACCAUGAGCUGCCCACUUACACCACCAAUGUGGCCCCCAGGAGCCCAGACCAUGAACUGCCCACUUACACCACCAAUGUGGCCCCCAGGAGCCCAGACCAUGAGCUGCCCACUUACACCACCAAUGGGGACCUGCAGCAAGGUGGGGCCCCCAGAAGCCCAGAUGAGAGGGAAGCCAUGCUGUCAGGCCAACAGAAGCCCCUGGAGACCCGGCUGUUUUACAGGAGGUUUGCCAUCCUGGGGGUGUUCAGCCUGUACUCCCUGGUCAAUGCCUUCCAGUGGAUCCAGUACAGCAUCAUCACCAAUGUCUUCACUGACUUCUAUGGGCUGAGCUCUGAUAAGAUAGACUGGCUCUCUAUGGUCUAUAUGCUGGUCUAUGUGCCCCUCAUCUUCCCUGCCACCUGGCUACUGGACAAGAAGGGGCUUAGGGUCACUGCCCUGCUGGGUUCGGGGCUGAACUGCCUGGGGGCUUGGUUUAAAUGUGCCAGUGUCAGGCCGGAUUUAUUUGGGGUCACCAUGUUCGCCCAGUUUGUCUGCUCUGUGGCCCAAAUCUUUAUCCUAGGCUUGCCCUCCAGGGUGGCAUCUGUGUGGUUUGGACCAAAGGAAGUGUCAACAGCAUGUGCCACUGCUGUGCUGGGCAAUCAGUUAGGUACAGCUAUUGGUUUCCUUCUACCUCCUGUGUUGGUCCCAAAAGUAGACAAUAACGUUGAAUUUACAGGACAUAACAUCAGCAUUAUGUUCUAUGGUACAGCUGCUGUGUCCACUUUUCUGUUCAUCCUGACCAUAGCAGUUUUCAAAGAGAAGCCAAAGGUCCCUCCCAGCCAGUCUCAAGCAGUUCUGCAGGAUAAUUCUCCUGACGAUUACUCCUACAAAGUCUCCAUACUGAAUCUCUUUAAGAAUGUCCCCUUCAUACUCCUAUUGGUCAGUUAUGGGAUUAUGACUGGAUGUUUCUAUUCUGUGUCCACACUAUUAAAUCAAAUGAUUACAUUUCAUUAUGAGGGAGAAGAAGUUAAUGCUGGCAGGAUUGGCCUAACAUUGGUUAUCGCAGGAAUGAUUGGCUCCAUUAUCUGCGGCCUGUGGCUGGAUUAUUCUAAAACCUACAAACAAACAACAUUGGUUGUUUACAUACUAUCCUUUAUCUGUAUGCUGGUAUUCACCUUCACUUUGGAUCUUGGAAAUAUCGUUGUUGUAUUUGUAACCGGAGGCGUCCUUGGUUUCUUUAUGACUGGGUACCUUCCCCUUGGGUUUGAGUUUGCAGUGGAGAUCACUUACCCGGAAUCUGAGGGUACUUCUUCAGGACUGCUCAAUGCAUCUGCACAGAUAUUUGGAAUUUUAUUCACUUUAGCUCAAGGGAGGCUUACGACGGACUACAAUCCCCAAGCCGGGAAUAUCUUUCUCUGUGUGUGGAUGUUCAUAGGCAUCAUUCUAACAGCGCUAAUUAAAUCUGAUUUAAGAAGACACAAUGUCAAUUAUGGAAUUGCCAACUCUACAAUAAAGGCAGUACCUGUGGAGAGCCCAACGGAACCAGAACAGGGCAUUGUCAUCUUAACAACGCAGUCAUCUUCCGCUGUAUAAAAGCCAUUUGUGUCUUUUCAAUAAGACACCCGCAGAAGCUACAACAAUCACAACAUCUCCAAAACUGUAUUUAUUGUUUGUACUAUUUAUUGGACUCAUCAUUGGCAACCUGCUGAGAUCAAUCAAAACCAUUUAUCGUGCCCAGCACUUAUUAUGUCACUGAAGACUGGAAGAGGGCGGUAGUGCAAUGCUUGUUUGUAACCAAAACCCAGUCUGCGCUAAUCUUGAAUCACGCAGAUCUUUUAUCACAAAUGACUUUGCUAUAAUUGUAGUGUCUUUUAAAAUGAAUUUUGUAUUUUUUAAUGUACAUAUUGAUGAUAUUCCUGUGUGCUUUAGCUGUUGUGAGGCCAGUAACUAGUUAGUUUUUGUAUUUGUAAAAUUUAUUUAUAGACUGUGUGUGAGGGAAGAUAUCGAAAUGUUACGUCUCUGCUCCGCCAAUCUCUGAUUCAUUAUUUCUUUUAGUUUCAACCAAAGCAUUUCAAUACUUGAUAUACUGACAUUUCUCCUAAUCAUGUGCUCUGUGCUGAACAUACCUAAUUGCACUUGAAACAAGACUUCACAAGAGACUAUUUAUUUGAAGUAUUUGAUAAUCAACUGUAGAUCAUUAAAGAGCAUUAUAGUGCCAGGAAAACAAACUCCUUUUCCUGGCACUAUAGGGUCAUUAGGUCCCCCCACCCCUUCAGCCACUUACCUUUCUCCAGCGCAGGGCUCCCUCUAUGCUGGGGAACUUCCCACCCCCUGCCGAUGUCAUAUCUGAAUGCACAUGCUUUCAAACAGCCCAUAUGAAAGCAUUACUCAAUGCUUUCCUACUGACGUCCAGCGUCUUUUCUCACUGUGAUUUUCAAAGUGAGAAUCGUGGAAGCGCCUCUAGCAGCUGUCAAUGAGACAGCCACUAGAGGCUGGUUAACGCUCAGUGAAACUGCUAUGUUUUCAGCUGCAGGGUUAAAACUAGAGGGACAUGGCACCCAGACCACUUCAUUGAGCUGUCAUUGUGGUCCUUUAAUAUUGUUUGUGUGUUGGAGAAAGGAUAGCAGAAAACUAUGACCCUCUUUUACAUUAUACCAUAAUAAUAUACUGUUGGUAUAAGCAUGCGCAUUCUCAAUCCAACAAUCUGCUAGCAGUGUGUCCACCAGAUGUAAAAA